AUGUAGUCGUCCAGCAAUAUUUAAAUUUCAUUAUCAGUCAAAAAUUCCUGUAGGUAGAAAGUGAUCCUGAGUCUGAUAAAUUUUAAAGAUUAGUUAUUUGCAAAUUAUAAACUCAUCCUCUCAGUAAAAAUUAAGCUUUCUACAUAGUUAUUAGAGGAACAUGUGAUGGAAAGCAUUUUAUUAAAAGAGUCUUGA